CCCGCCCACGUCGUGCCGACGACAGCACCUUCUCCUGCACAAUCAUGGCCUUUCAGGUCCCCUCCCACCUCCCGCGCAGGGCUGCGCCGCAGGAUGUGACGUCCGCUAUACUGACGAAGAUGGACGAGGCGACGGCGAAGACGCUUGAUGCCGCGCAGGCUCGCGUCUGGCUCGGUGACCUCGACGAGACGAUCGGUGCGACACGGCGCCGCAUACACGACAGGAUACAUAAGGACUUGCCCGAGUUCCAGCGACAGCUCGAGACCUCGCGCGCGGUCCAGCAGCGGCUGAAGACACUGGGCGAGAACGUGGACGCUCUAGACGACGGGAUCAGCAACCCAGAGACUGGCUUGCUGCCGACGCUUGUCAACAAGCUCACCGCGCAUUCCGCUCUCGCACAAGAAGCCUCCGACGCAGCCGUCAACUGGGAAGCAAUAUCUCACCUUACCAAAUCCAGAGAUCAUUUGCGCGUUCUCGAAGCACUGCUAAACGCAGGGAAGCUGCCUGCAGCAGUGACAGCUACCGGCGUACUCGACGAGCUGCUCACGAAAGGGCCGACAUAUCUAAACGACACUGACAUCAUCAAGACCCUUCGACGCGCUCUCUCGCAAGCGAAGACACGACUGGACGACCAGUUGAACGACGCAUACUCACGCUCCAUUGUUGUAUCCCCCACUCACAUUACUGUUCGGCCAUCCGUACAAGUGCGUCGGUCGGACCAAAUUCUUUCCUUACAGGAAGUUGUAUCGUCACUCUCCUUCACGGCUCGGGCCGAACACUUCUCGCUCCUUCGACGAGAUUUGACCGCGCACUACAUCGAGCGCGUCCUUUCCCAAGACGUCGAAAUCGACAUCACCUCUACACCCGGCGAAGUCACUCUACGUGCCACACCCGCACCUCCAGACGGCGCCAGCCUGCCCGCUCGCCUGCACAACAUCGCCACCGUCCUCGACUUCUGCAACACACACAUAUUCACCGCGCUCCCGCCUUCAUCGGGCCCGUCAUUCGAGCGCACGCUAUGCAAGCCGCUCACGGACAGUGUACUGAACAAUCUACUCAUUCCCUCGUUGCCAAACUCGUUCGAUCAGCUGCCGCCGUUCCUCGACCUUGCCAAGCAGGCAGCGCACUUCGAGGGGGAAUGGGUCAUCGGGAAGUUGGGCAGCGAUGCGCAUGACAGGAAGAUUCAAUCGUGGGCGGACGGCGUGGUAGGGCACUACGAAAGGCAGAGGCGGUUGGAUAUACUCGAGCGCUGCCGCGUGCUGCUCGUCGCGGAUGAGUCGACGUUCGAGACGUUCCCGUGGGAGACGACGGAUGCGGCGCCGGCAGAGGUGGUCCCAGUGCAACACCCAGACGACGAGCCGCAGCAGGACGAGGCUUGGGGCUUCGACAAUGCAGAAGACGCGUGGGGGCUGGACGAAGAGGCGAAGGAGGCCGAUGCGGACGGCUGGGGUCUCGAGGACGACGCAGAGCCAACGCAGGACGAACCGCCUGUACCACCAGUGAACGGCAAAUCGCACUCUGCCGAGCCAGAAGUACCCUCCGACAGCGGGGAUGGCUGGGGCCUCGACGAUGACGCCCCUGGCCCCGACGAGCCGCCUCCCGACGCCGAGGAUGCAUGGGGUCUCAACGAUGACAGCGGCAGCGCCGGCGCCGACGACACCGCUUGGGAUGACCCCUGGGCAGAGCCCGCGCCUGAUCCCGACCCACAACCUGCACCUAUCCCCUCACCCGCCAAGCCCGCCACCAGGCUCGAAAGGCUCGCGGCAAAGGGGAAGAAGAAGGAAAAGGAGCCUUCGUCGGGCUCGUCGUUUUCCUCCCCUCCGUCGUCAUUCUCUUCGUCGUUGUUGUCUUCGUCGCCUUCGCCGCCUCCAGGCGCUAGCUCAAACGUCACACCAUCAACGUCCACGGCACCACCCUCGACGUCAACAGCAACUCCGUCCAUCUCGAUCUCGCCGCCCACGAAGCUGAAGACGCGCCCGUCGCAGCUGCGCGUGCCGGAGCCGCCGCGGGAGACGUGCUUAGUGUCGACUCGGGCGAGGCAGGUGCUGGACCUUGUUCGUGUCGUGCUCGAGGAGUGGCGCGAGUUCGCCGCGAGCGAGGUCGUAACUUCCACUGCGCCUUCCUCUACUUCGAGUACGACAUCUUCGUCGACACCGGGCACCAUCUUGCUGCAAUCUUCGGCCUCCGUGUUGGACCUCUUCCGCGCGCUGUACCCGGUCAAGUUCAGUGAAGUGCUCGCCGCGCCAGAUGCGGGGAUGCGAUUCGCGAAUGGGUGUUUGUAUCUGAGCCGCGAGCUCGCGCGGAUCCCGCCGCCAGAGGCAGUGCGCGACCGCUGGGCAGAGUGCAUCCAGCGCCUGAAGGUGCUCAACGAGAGCUGGUUCUACGACGUUAUCGAAUCCCAACGCCGCGCCGUCGACACCGUCCUCACCACCGGCGCGCAGGGCUUCACCUUCACCGGCGACCAGGACCGCUACGACGAGUGUGAGGCCGCCAUGAGCGAGGUCCUCUCCGACAUCCGCCGCCUCGCCGCGCGCUGGCAAAACGUGCUCGCAAAGAGCAAGUACUACACCGCUCUGGGGCUGGUCAUCGACGCGGCGCUGUCGAGGGUGCUGGCGGACGUGCUGGCGUUGCCGGAUAUCCCGGAGGUGGAGAGUCACCGGCUGAGCGAGCUGUGUCGAAUUUUGAACUCGUUGGAGGGGUUGUUUGUGGAGGACGCGGCGCAGCCUUCGUUCAUUGUCGCGUAUGUGCCUUCGUGGCUCAAGUUCUCGUAUCUAUCGGAGUUGCUGGAAGCCUCGAUGGCGGACAUUACCUACCUUUUCGAGACCGGUGCCCUGGUGGACUUCAGCGUCGACGAGCUCGUACGGCUGGUGCAGGCCCUAUUUGCCGAUACGGCGUUGCGGGCGACGACGAUCCACAAAAUCCAGGAGGGGCACCCAUCGGCCGCUGUCCCGGAGCUAUAGCCAUAGUCAAUGGCCGUUCUCUAGCUAUCCCUUUGUACCUCACUGCUUUCCUUGCUUUUGGACAUAUGGAUGACAUAUCUGUUCGCAUAAAAAAACGACAUGUACCCCGACGACGUUGGAAGAC